AUGGUUCGAAGAAGGUCGAAGAAGAAGAACUCCAUGAAGUUUCUGGGGGCGGGCCUCCGGGGGCAGCGGUGCAUGCGGCUGGUGUCGUACAACCUGCUGAGUCUGCGCAGGGAGCUCCGCACGGAGGGCAUCAGCCGCCAACUGUCGCGGGUGGACGCGGUGGCUCUCGAGGGAGAGCAGUUGCCGUGGCAGCCGGGCGAGGAGCUCCUGACCCGACUUCAAGGUGCUGGAGACCCGAUCGCCGCCGCCGGCCCUGAGGGCUCGCGCUGGGACGGCGCGCAUCCGCCGGGGGCUGCUGGACCUCAUGGUCUCAUGGUGGUGGUGCUCUGCUUCCCCGCCGUCGGCUGCCGCUUCCGCGACGAGACGGUGUCCGAAUUGUUCGAGUGGACGGAGGGGGCGCUGGCUAGGGCGCCGGCGCGCGCGCCCCCGCUGCUGUGCGCCGGCCUCAACGACGGGCUCGGCCUGGUGCAGUCCGAAUGGGGCGCCUGCGGCCCCAUGCCGCAGGCCACUGGCACGGUCAGCGCUGCGCUGGAGCACCAGGCGGGGUCGGCGUGGCGCGAGAUGGGCGGGAGGUGGCAGGACGAGCUGGCCACCUUGGUCGGGGACCUCAGCCUGGAGCACUUCGGCUGCGCGGCCCGUUCCUCAGCCGAGGCGGACAGUGCGUCUGCAGAGCGGGGGAUCUUGCUGGCGCGGCGGGCCGAGCUACGAGCGCAGCUCAUCGCGGUGGGCCCGGCGGCCGUGGACGAGGGCGAGGAGAUGAGCUGGUGCGAUCUCGAGCUGGAGGUGGCCUCAGAAGUUGCGCAAGCUCCAUCGCCAGCAGCGGCGACAGAUGUGGACGCGCGGAGGCUGGCGCAGCAGCUGCGCCCUGGCCCACUCGCGCCGCAGUUCGAGCCGCGCGAGGCUCGGCGGCUCGCGGCGGUGGGCCUGGGCGAGCUGGAGGAGAGAGUGCGCGUGAUGCAGCCUCGGCGGGCCGUCCCUCCCUGGUCGGCGCCUGUGCUCGUUUGGAGGAUGUGCUUGUCGCCAGAUCGCGCCGCAGCGGCGACGUCGUGGGGGUGCGGGAUCGGCUACGAGGAGCCCGACGCGAGUUUGCUCUUCUUUCGGCAUCGACUGUGGUACUCGCUGGCGGUCAUCCGGCUGUGCCAGACCACGCCGACGGGCUGGUCGCGCUGGCGGGCAGCCGACAUCGGGAGACCGAUUCACGCGAUGCGCCUCGUCGGCAAGGCCAUCGCAUCGACGCCCAUGGCUCAGUCGGAGCCCCAGGCUGCACAUCACCAUCACCUCGGCUUCGUGCGGCAUCGCUCUCUUGAGGGGGCCCUUGCGACGGUCUACGCCGUGGGCGCCCGCUGCAGUCUGAAUGGCCUGUCCGCCAUCACCUCUUUCACGGACCUCAGCACGGCAGUCCAGUGCCCCGAGCUGGAGUACAUCAGGGCGGCGAUGACCGAGCGGUUCCGCCCCGCGGACCUGCCAGCCACGACCCGCCGCGGCGAGGAUUACCACUGCCUCGCGGGCGCGGCGGAGGGCGCCCUGGCCAUGAAGCCGCGCCAGGGCGCCCUCAUUUGCGAAGCGAUCGGCCCUCCGCUGUCCCUUCGCGCGUUCCGGCCGCUCGCCGAGGGCGGGGCCGCUCGCGACCGCGCGCUACAGGGCGCCCACCAGCUGCUGGCGCCAUCGGGCGCGCCUUGGGCCCCCCUGGCCUUCAGCCUCGCGAAGUUCGCAGACGACCUGUGCAUGCGUUUCGCCUCGCAUCGGCCUGGCGUGCUCCGCGCCGACGGCAUGGCGCCCGACCAGCUUCUAGAAGCCGCCACAAAGCCAGCGUCUUUCAAGAAGAACUUGGGCAAGCAGUGCGCGAUGUGCGUUCUUGUUCGCGGACCUGGUUCGCGGGGGCAGCGCGCGCUGGCGGCUCGCCAUCUGGGCCCGAUGGCGCGCGCGGCGGGGGCGCUCUCAGUAGAGCUCCGCGCCCGGGUCUUGGCGGCGCGGCGGGCGCACCUGGAGGCGGGCAACUUCUGGCGCGUGGUGGGCCCCUUGGAGACGCUGCGCCGGGCCCCCCGCCGUGGAGGACGGCGCAUUUCGGCGCCGAGCACAGCCGGACCAGGUCGUGACGCUUCUCCGAAAAUGGGCGUCGCCGCGACCGAGCUCCGCGCAUGGCGCCUCGGGCUCCUCUUCCGGGUGCCGCGGCGGCCGCGCGAGCGGGGGAUGCCGCUGACGGCCGUCUCCGGCCCCCUGCCCCUCGCGCGUGGCCAGGCCGCCGGGGCGGGCGGGCUCUUCUCGCAGCAUGCGCCCCCGCUGGCGCGCAUCUUCGUCGACGAUUUGGACGCUCUCAUG